CUGCUCCUGCUCCUUUCCCAGCCCUGCACAGGCAGCCCUGCAGAGGAUGGAUGUGAGGAGCAGCCUGAGCUACCUGUACUGGCUCUUCUGCCAGUUCGAGCUGAUCACCUGCAGUUACCUGAUGGAGCCCUGGGAGAAGCUGCUCUUCUACUCCUUCAACCUGGCCCUGCUGGGGCUGCUGCUCUACACCACCUAUGUGUGUGUGGCUUUGCAGGCCAGCUCAGCCUUCCAGCUCCUCUGCAGCCUCCUGGCAAACCCACAGGACAGUGCUCUUGCUGUGGUGAAGUAA